UAUUGAAGUAAUGAAACUGUUUCUAAGUGAUGAUACAAGAGUCUCAUUCCAUGACGUUUCCAAUCGAACAUUCUCCUCACAGAGCGUUUUAGAAAAGCAACACUAUCACAUAGGGGUUAUUAUUGAUGGAAAUUGUCCAGAUAUUGAACCAUUCCUCAUAGAGUGUGGAAACCGAAAAUUCUUCUUCGAGACUUAUCAUUGGUUGGUUUUCGCCUCCGAAGAAAGUCUAGCGAAUAUUUUUGAAAACGUAAGUUUAAGCAUUAACGCAGACAUUAGCUUAGUUACACCAAAUUACACCACCCAACCAUUAACGUGGACAAUAUUCGACGUGUACAAUCCCUCUCAAAGAAGAGGGGGGGAUUUAAAAGUAGAAAAGAGCGGAUUCUACAAUGGGGAUGAAGGAUAUAACGUCGAGUUGGUUUGGAAUAAAUACUAUAAACGUAGAAAUAUGACUGGGACAAUUUUUAAAGCCGCGAUGGUGAUUCCAGAAAAUAUAAGCAUCACACUGGAUGAGUACCUUCAGAGUGACGCGGAAAAGAAUAACAACACAUUCAGUCGGUUUAAUGCUGUUGCGGUACAUCUUUGUCAAGAUUUCUACAACUUUUCAAUGGAAAAGAGCAUCAUUAACUCUUGGGGAUAUGUGCAACCAGAUGGUGAUGUAAACGGUCUAGUAAGAAAAUUAAAAUACGACGAAUUAGAUUUUGGUAUAGCGGCUCUGUUAUACAAAUUAUUUCGUUUGAAGGUGAUUGAUUAUGGAUACGGUAACUGGGUAAUGAAAUCAGUAUUUCUCUUUCGACAUCCGAAAAGCACCUCUAGCUCUUAUGAAUUAUACUUUCGACCACUGAGUGGUUCAGUUUGGAUGUCAACACUAUUAGCGCUUGUACUCAUAGUUUUUGUUCUACGAGUUAUUGUAUCAAGCGAAGUGAAACUGCUUAAGGGUAGCGAGGCAGCUUCAAAUGUUGGAGAGAGCAGUUGGAGUUUCCUAAUCAUUUAUAACAUCGGGGAACUUUGCCAGCAAGGCUUCUCCUACAUACCCAUUCUUUCAAGUGGUCGAAUUGUGAUACUCAGUGUAUUAAUAUUCUUUUUUCUCAUUUAUCAAUUUUACUCAGCGAGUAUCGUUUCGUUCCUAUUGUUACCGCCAAAGAAAACAAUAACAACUUUGUCCGAUUUGUUGAAAAGUUCACUGGAAGUUGGAAUGGAAAAUAUUUUAUACGACAUCGACUAUAUUCAGACAACCACCGAUCCCGUGGCUAUAUCCCUAUAUAAUAGGAAAAUUAAACAACCUCAUAAUAAAACAAACUUCCUACCACCUCCAGAAGGAUUAGACAAAGUUAAAACCGGCGGUUUCGCCUUUCAUACCCAAACUAGCACUAGCUAUCCCAUCGUCGAACGUGUAUUUGAAGAAAGGGCAAUCUGCGAAUUGGCCGAGGUACAACUUUACAAACCUCUCUACGCUCAUAUGCCUUUAUCAAAAAAAUCACCACUACGCGAGAUGUUCAUGUACUGCAACGUUUACCAAAUGGAAGUUGGCAUAUUACAUCGUUUAAGAGUACACUGGGAUGCUCGAAAACCGCAAUGUGUUGAUUACACCCCAUACCUAGAGGUUGAAGUUGGACUAGGCGAAGCUUACUGGGCGUUAGGUUUGUUGGGGUGUGGAAUUCUACUGAGCGUACUGUUGUUGAUGUUAGAACAUGUUUGGAAGCAUUGGGGAGCGAGACUUUUUACCAAAGAGAAAUUAGCUUCUAUUCUCUUCCCAAAUAAGCUUCAAAGAGGUAGACGAAAGUAAUAUAAAUAUUCCGACGAGAUUUAUUUAUUUAUAGUAUUGAGCUUCCUAGCUUAUGUUCAUAAAAUAUUACUUUUCAAUCAUUUUUAUUAGAGAAUGGUUGUAUAAGUAAUUAGCGCAUAGUGGCAGUGUUACGAUAGUAGUUUAUUUUUAAAUGCAACCGCGGCAAAUUGGCACCUGCGGUAAGGUAUUUCAUAUUACAGGAACUUAAAAUUUAGCAUAUUGUGUAUACAGGUAGGUAAUAUAGAUGCACACAACAUUUUGUGUAGACCUUUAAACAGCCAAAAGGUUGCAUUAAACUCAGAUGUGGAAAAAAACGAAUUAUUAUUUCACUUUCCCUUUUUUUAAGACAUACCAAACCAAGUAAAAAAAAAUAAAUUUGAAUUUUCCACUCCCUCAUAUACUUAUCCCUACUUAGCUAGCACAUUCAUGUCUGUAGUUUGAAAGUUUCAUGUAAUUAGAAUCUAGCUACCCAUUCCAGAUUCAAAUGAUCUAUUUACCAGAUCCAUAUUUUACAUGGUUAGUCUUAUUUAUCGUUAAUCAGUAAAAUUAGGUGGUUAAAUCUGUUUUAAAAAAUCAUUGUCAUAAUACUCAUAAUA